CUCGCUGGGGCGGUUCGCAGCUGAGUGUGAAGCGGCUGGGAUGAGAAUCAGCACCUCCAAGUCUGAGGCCAUGGUCCUCAGCCGGAAAAGGGUGGAUUGCCCACUCCAGGUCAAGGGGGAGGUCCUGCGUCAGGUGGAGGAGUUUAAGUAUCUCGGGAUCUUGUUCACGAGUGAGGGUAGAAUGGAGCGGGAGAUUGACAGGCGGAUUGGGGCGGCGUCAGCAGUGAUGCAGGCGCUUAUCCGGUCCGUUGUGGUGAAGAGGGAGCUUAGCCAGAAAGCGAAGCUCUCGAUUUACCGGUCGAUCUACGCUCCAAUCCUCACCUAUGGUCACGAGCUCUGGGUAGUGACCGAAAGAAUGAGAUCGCGAGUGCAAGCGGCCGAAAUGAGUUUCCUCCGCAGGGCGGCUGGGCUCAGCUUUAGGGAUAGGGUGAGGAGCUCAGACAUCCGGGAGGGACUCAGAGUAGAGCCGCUGCUCCUCCACAUCGAGAGGAGCCAGUUGAGGUGGUUCGGGCAUCUGGUAAGGAUGCCUUCCGGACGCCUCCCUUGGGGUUCCCGCGGAAGAGCUGACGGAAGUGGCUGGGGAGAGGACUGUCUGGGCUUCUUUGCUGAGGCUGCUGCCCCCGCGACCCGGACCCGGAUAAGCGGAGGACGACGAGUACAAGUACGAGCACGACCUAGCAGCAUUUAGCUGGAGAAAAUUACAGCCCAUCCAGAUUUCAAUGGCGGAAAGACACUCCUGUAGGACUGUUAGUUUCUCCAACUCAUCGGGCUUGAAAGAACAGUACAGCUGGAUGUCAUCUGCGUAGCAGUUGUAGGAAAUUCCUGAGAAAUUACUGAUGAGGGAGGCCAGAGGGAGCAUAUAUAGGGCGAAGACAAGGGGCGCGAGGACGGAACCUUGAGGCACGCCACACGAAAGGGCAGAGGGGUCAGACUUAAAAGGGCCCACAGCCACAGAGAAGCUUCUCUCCCUAAGGUAGGAACCGGACCAAUUUCAUGUGCUUCCGGAUAUGCCAACCCACUCCCUGAGUCUGUCCAGCAGGAUGCCAUGAUCGACCUUAUCAAACGCCGCCCUGAGGUCUAAUAGGACUAGGACAGAACAUUUACUGUUAUCAGCUGACAUCAUGAGGUCAUUUGAGACUCUAAGGAGGGCAGUUUCAGUGGAGUGUUUUUUUACGGAAGCCCGAUUGAAAUUUGUCUGUGAGACAAAAAGCAGCUUGGAGAUGGGUCUGUAAUUUUUUGGAACAGAGGGGUCCAAAUUAGGCUUUUUAAGGAGAGCCUGCUUGAAGUAGGAAGGGACAGAGCCAGAGACAAGGGAUCUGUUGAUGAUGGUGACUAUACUAGGGCCUACAGAGCUAAUUACACUGCUCAAAAAAAUAAAGGGAACACUAAAAUAACACAUCCCAGAUCUGAAUGAAUGAAAAAUUCUUAUUAAAUACUGUGUUCUUUACAUAGUUGAAUGUGCUGACAACAAAAUCACACAAAAAUUAUCAAUGGAAAUCAAAUUUAUUAACCCAUGGAGGUCUGGAUUUGGA